AUGGUCAAAAUUAGUUUGGAUAACGUUAAAUUAAUGGUGGAUACCAACGAAAACAAACCAAGAUUCUCCCCUUAUUCAAACACAAAAGUUAAUGAUAUCUUAUCUAUUGAAUGUUUGAAAUUCAUUGUUCUAUUACAUAGAACCUUCAAUGCAAGAAGAAAACUACUAUUGUCAAAUAGACAAAUCUUACAAAAAAAAUUGGAUUCUGGGGUUUACCAAAUGGACUUCUUGGAAGAAACUGAAUACAUCAGAAAUGAUCCAAAUUGGACAGGUCCAACUUCAAUUGCUCCAGGUUUGAUCGACAGAUCUGUAGAAAUCACAGGUCCUCCUUUAAGAAACAUGUUGAUAAAUGCUUUGAACGCAGAAUAUGUCAAUACUUAUAUGUGUGAUUUCGAAGAUUCUUUAUCUCCAACUUGGGAAAAUAUUAUCUAUGGUCAAGUGAAUUUAUUCGAUGCUAUCAGAAAUAGUAUUGAUUUUAAAACAGUAAAUGGUAAACAAUACGCUUUAAAAGAUGACAUAAGAAAUUUACCUACUUUGAUCAUUAGACCAAGAGGUUGGCAUAUGGUCGAAAAACAUUUAUACAUUGACGAUGAACCAAUUAGUGCUUCAAUCUUCGAUUUCGGUGUUUUCUUCUUCAACAAUGCUCAUAAAUUAUUGGAAAUUGGUAAAGGUCCAUACUUCUAUCUACCAAAAAUGGAACACCACCUAGAGGCAAAAUUAUGGAACGACAUCUUUAACGUUGCUCAAGAUUACUUGAACAUCCCAAGAGGUACCAUUAGAGCAACCGUUUUAAUUGAAACUUUACCUGCUGCAUUCCAAAUGGAAGAAAUUAUCUACCAAUUAAGAAAUCAUUCUUCAGGUUUGAACUGUGGUCGUUGGGAUUACAUCUUCUCUACAAUUAAAAGAUUGAGAAACUUGCCACAACAUAUUUUACCAGAUAGAGAUCAAGUCACCAUGACAUCUCCAUUCAUGGAUGCCUAUGUUAAAAGAUUGAUCAAUACCUGUCACCGUCGUGGUGUUCACGCUAUGGGUGGUAUGGCAGCACAAAUUCCAAUUAAAAAUGAUGUCAAGGCAAAUGAAUUGGCAAUGCAAAAAGUUCGUAAUGAUAAAAUCAGAGAAUUGACUAACGGUCAUGAUGGUUCUUGGGUUGCUCAUCCUGCUUUGGCUCCAAUCUGUCAUGAAAUUUUUGUUAAUAUGGGUACUCCAAAUCAAAUUCAUUACAUUCCAGACGUUCAAUUGCCAACAGCAAAGGAUUUAACAAAUACAAAUAUUGUUAAUGCUGCAGUUACAACACAUGGUAUCAGACAAAACUUAGAUAUUGGUUUACAAUAUAUGGAAGCUUGGUUAAGAGGUUCUGGUUGUGUACCAAUUAAUAGUUUAAUGGAGGAUGCUGCUACUGCAGAAGUAUCACGUUGUCAAUUGCAUCAAUGGGUUAAACACUCUGUUGUUUUAAGUGACACUGGUGAAACAGUAACUCCAGAUUUGACUGCAAGAAUUUUGAAAGAACAAGUGCAAGCAUUGAGUGCAAAGAGUCCUGUCGGUAACCAAAACAAAUAUGAAUUAGCUGCAAAAUAUUUCUUGCCAGAAAUUACAGGGGAAUCAUUUAGUGAAUUUUUAACUACUUUGUUAUAUGAUGAAAUUGUUACUCAACAAUCACCAAUUGAUUUAAGCAAAUUAUAA